AUGAUAAAGCAAAUUCUUAGCAAAUUGCCUAAGAAGUUACCGAAAUCGGACUCAUCAGAUUCUGCAAAGAGUGAUUCUGGCAAUAGUACUACUAGUUUCGGAAACGUGUUUCAGUGCACAAAUGUUGGAAGUACAAUUUCAAGUAAAUUAAAUGUUGUGAAAAGGGUAUCUUCUGUUGUUUUUCCUGCAAGUGUGAAUUCUGGAGUGGAAGCGGUUGAUCCUUCUCUAUCGUUCAAAGAUGUUUCGAAUACGCAGAAACAAAGCCUAUUUAUCAGUAAGUUGAACCUUUGCUGCAAAGUUUAUGAUAUGAGUGAUCCCGAUAAGAACUGUAGUGAGCAAGAUGUUAAACGGCAAACAUUGUUAGACCUUGUUGAUUUUGUUUCUUCUGGUUCUGUUAAGUUUACAGAACCAGCAAUCGCCGCGUUGUGUAAAAUGUGUGCAGCAAAUUUGUUCAGGGUUUUUCCACCUAAGUUUCGUUCGAGUAGUGGUGGUGGAGAAACAGAAGACGAAGAACCAAUGUUUGAUCCUGCUUGGUCUCACCUUCAAGUUGUUUAUGAUCUACUCCUUCAGUUCAUCAAUUACAAUUCUCUUGAUGUGAAGCUUGCGAAAUCUCACGUAGAUCAUGCUUUUGUUUUAAGAUUACUUGACCUUUUUGAUUCUGAGGACCCUCGAGAAAGAGAUUGUUUGAAAACAGUUCUGCAUAGAAUCUACGGGAAAUUCAUGGUUCAUAGACCGUUUAUAAGGAAAUCGGUUAGCAAUAUUAUCUAUCGGUUUGUUUUUGAGACCGAGAGGCAUAGUGGAAUUGCCGAGCUAUUGGAGAUUUUCGGGAGUGUUAUUAGUGGAUUUGCCAUGCCGUUGAAGGAAGAACACAAAAUAUUUUUGUGGAAGGUUUUAAUUCCUUUGCAUAAACCGAAAUCGAUCGGAAUUUACCACCAGCACUUAACAUAUUGCAUUGUACAGUUCAUAGAUAAGGAUCAAAGAUUGGUUAGCUCGGUGAUAAAAGGACUAUUGAAGUACUGGCCGGUUACAAAUAGCCAAAAGGAGCUCAUGUUCAUGAGUGAGUUGGAAGAGGUUUUGGAAAUGACUAGCAUGGAUGAAUUCAAGAAGAUUAUGGUGCCGCUGUUUCGACGACUGGCUUGCUGCCUUACUAGCUCACAUUACCAGGUGGCGGAACGAGCUCAUUUGCUAUGGAACAAUGAGCACAUUCUGAAUUUUAUAACUCAAAACCGACAAGUGAUUCUGCCUCUGGUCUUCUCAGCACUUGUACACAACUCACAGAAUCACUGGAAUCAAGCAGUGCUGAACCUAACUCAGAACAUAAGAAAAAUGCUAUCUCAGAUGGACGAGGAACUCGUACUCGCCUGCCAACGCAAAAUCGAAGAGGAAGAUUCAAAGUCAAGCGACGUAGCCGAGAGACGGAGAAUAACAUGGGAACGUCUAGAAGAAGCCGCAACCGGCAUCCAAUCCAUAAGCAACGGCGAUAUCUUACUCCAAGUAAAACCAACUACUGCUACAUGCUCAGUGGCAUGCUAA